UUUAUAUAAACUUUCCAGUUGCAAUGGGUGUCGGAAGGAAGUAAUCGUCCUUGCUUCUCCGGUUUUAUUUGUUUUUUUCUGAAGGUUCAAAAAAUCGUUCUCUUCCACUCACAUCACAUGCACACCACUCUUGCCGUGUAAACCGGGUGUUUUGGUUUUUUUUGUUGAGUUCAACACAUCAACUGGCAGAAUAUGAAAAUAGCAACAGAAUAAAAUUAAUAAUUGGAUAAUUUGAAAUUUGGUUCUUCCCGUAUCGGUCGGUUCCGAGAGUCCUGAGACGGGAGCGAUAUCGAUUAGUGCAGAGUUAAGUGAUUCCGUUGGUUGUGGUCUUUUUUCGAAAAAGGAUGUUUUAAUUGUACAAAUAUUGACGAUGCAUUUUAAGGAGAGCUUUGAGAAGGAAUCCUACAAGAGCCAAAUCAUGGUCAAUGAUAUUUUUGGAACGGAACCUACUACGGCCUGCAUUCAUCACAACUGUGAAUAUUUGCCUAAGAAAAAUUUAAGCGUAUUUAAGGAUAUAAAGCUUGACAAGCGUACCACGACUCAGCCCCUUAUUAGCACCGACAUAAUUGAGCACAACAAUAACAGUUUGCCAAUAAAGCCAGGACGAGGUGCACAGGUCCUUGCAGCAAUCGCUGUCUCGCUAGGGCCCCUUGCUGCUGGUUUAGGGAAAGGUUAUGCUAGUCCAGCCAUUGCAAAUCUUCAGGAUCUACAAAAUAGGCAUAAAGGAAACCUUACAAAUUUCACAGUUUCUGAUCAGCAGGCUAGCUGGAUUGCGAGUUUAUCCUUGUUAGGAGCACUUUUCGGUGGACUAGUAGGUGGUAUAGCCAUGAGGUACGGACGCAAGCGGGUUUUAACGUUGACCUCGUUACCAUUUUCCUUAUCAUGGAUGCUAACAGUUUUUGCGAAAUCAGUUGAGACCAUGUUUAUAACCGCUUUCUUAGCUGGAUUUUGCUGCUCAAUUAUAUCGAUGGUUACGCAGGUUUAUGUUAGUGAGAUUUCCUCACCUGACGUUAGAGGGUUUCUAAGUGCUAUACAAAAAAUAGCUGGACACCUUGGAAUUUUGAUUUCCUUCUCGCUAGGAGUAUAUCUAAACUGGAGACAAUUAGCUUUACUAGUAGCCGUAGCACCAAUUCUAUUAUUUUUUACAAUAAUGCAUAUACCAGAAACACCAAGUUUUCUACUACUCAAGAUGAAGGAUGAAGAAGCAUUCCGUUCACUUUAUUGGCUGCGAGGACCUAACGUCAAUUUAGGACGUGAUCUAGCAAUUAUGAAAUCGAAUAUAUCCACGUUCAGAGGGAACCAGCUCUACUUGGAUUCAUCAACUACUGUGGAUUCAGUGCUCAAAUAUAUUCAGGACCCAUUCAAAAAUGUUCGCCUUACUAAAGCAUUAAUGGUAACUUGCGGUCUUAUGAUUUUUCAAAGAUUUACAGGAGCAAAUUCAUUUGGAUUUUAUGCUGUAAAAAUAUUCCGUCAAACAUUCGACGGAAUGAAUCCUCAUGGAGGAGCCAUCGCUGUAGCUGUCGUCCAACUGUUAGCCUCAAUGCUAUCAGGACUCUUGAUUGACAUUGUUGGUCGUAUUCCGUUGUUGAUAACUAGUAGCGUCUUUAUGUCAUUGGCACUAGCAAGUUUCGGUUCAUACAUUUACUAUGAGCAAACCUCUAGGCCAUCGACUUUUAGUGGCUACGAACCGGAAUUAUUAGUGGGGAAUGCUGAUUGGAUACCAUUGUUAUGUGUCCUUGUGUUCACCAUAGCUUUUUCUUUAGGGAUCUCGCCAAUAUCAUCCUUACUAAUUGGAGAAAUUUUUCCUCUCGAAUACCGAGGACUAGGGAGCGCAAUAACUGCAACUUUUGGAUAUUUCUGUGCUUUCUUAGGCGUGAAGACAUUCGUUGAUUUUCAGGAAUUGCUUGGAUUGCAUGGUGCCUUCUGGUUGUAUGCUAGCAUCUCAUGUACUGGCCUACUCUUCAUUGUAAUUGUCGUCCCAGAGACGAAGGGCCGACAUUUGGACGAGAUGGAUUCCACAUCGUUUCCGUAUCAUAUAAAACGCUGAGGCACAAGUAACUAUGUAGAAUAUUUGGUGUAGCGAAUCCUUAUUUUUAAAUUAUAACAAAUUUUUGGGAAGGAGUAGUUGCCUAAGGCGCAGUUAGGAAGCAUACAUACCACAUAUCUAGGAGGGUAUGGAAAUUAAUAAAAUCAAAUUGGUUCAUUUUGUGCUUCAAGGGAUGGUUAUGGGAACUGGGGCUCAAUAGGAAGUUCCAGAAGUGUUGGUAGAACAUGUCGAUCCUUACAGAUCAUUUCGUAGUUAUUUCCCCGUUUUUAUGCCUGUGUAUUAUAUACAUAUCGUGAGUAACUUUUUUGUUAUUUGUUCCCAAACGACCAACAUUUACAAAAGGACAAACCAUUCAAAAAUCAAAGGUUUUAAAUAGAGUCUUCGCUCGGUGGCGACUGGCUUUGGCGAAACCAUAAGGAAUCGCUGAACAAUAUGUAAACGAAUAGUUUUUAGAAUGCAAUUUCAUAUCCAUUUAUGUAUGCAAAUGAAACUCCAAUAUGACAAUAACAUGUCCUGUAGGCAUAAUAACCGAAACUACUGAAAAUAGCUCCAGCCAACCUGGAUUUCCACAAGCAAAUUUGUCUCAAGCGCGUAACUAAAGCUUCAACUUAGAAACUCUAGAAAGUUUAAGGUAGGAUCCUUUUUUAGGUAGAGGGUUGAUAGCAGAACAAACAAUUUUUUGGAUAUAACGUUUUAGAUAAAGCAAGUGCUGUAGCUUAUUUUCCGCGAGUAAAAAGAUAAUAAUAUUAUAUCCGUGUGGAAUGUCUUUUAGGAAUUCAAGGAAGUAGUGCUUUUCCUUUUCACGUUCUAUGAAGUCAAUUACGGAGGUUCUAACUUCGAAGGUAUUUUUCGCGUUAUGGAAGUUGCUGUAAGUUUUAAUGCGUGUUCCUUUCCUUUGGGUUAUUUGAAAAUUUUGAAAGUUGCCGUAGUCGCUAGCUUAGCAGUUUUCGGUAGAUUACGCAAAUAUCAAAACUACUGUGAUGUGUCACGAUUCGGUUUGUCAAGAAGUCACAAUUUACUGAUGAAUUUAUCUUAUGUCUAGGACAGAAAAAACAUAUGCGAAUAUAAUUUUGAAAAUAAGAAAAACUUAGAUGCGAGUAUUUAUCUCAUAUAUCUCAGUUAGAGCCUGGCUUAUAUCAUGGCCGGGAUUGAAAGUUUGUAAAUUUGGCUUAUGAUUCUGUUUUUGUAGAAGCUUGAAGCUUAAAUUAGAUGUAUCUAUAAACAUGUAACUAACGAACUUAUUUGCACCAUCACAGAUUCGUUUAUUGUAUGACGAUCAAUUGCAGAGGCAUGGUUUGACAAAGUGACCAUAGGGUCAGAUUUUGUGCUGGAGUAUCAGCAACCAAUGCCUACUUCAAUCUACGUAACCUUUCCAAUGUGCUCUAGGAACUCUCUUCUAAGCCUUAAUUGAGUGAACUUCUUUCUUUGCAGUAACCUUUCCUGGGAUUGUCUUUGAGUAAAACAGCAAAACUGUUGAUAGAAUAUUCUAACUAGAGUUUGUCUGAAUAGCUGUCAAAAUUUUGAAAGAAAACACUCUAAUUCACACUUAAAGGGAACCUCGCUUCACCACCAAAGCCACGAUGACAUUUCCGACUACACCAGGAUCAAAACCUCCACACCUCCGCAACCUCUCUCAUAGAUGAAGCUCACCAAAGAGGGCACCUAUUAGUUUCCUGUUUUUCUACGAUCUCGACGAUUACACCCAAUCUACCCAUUGUUGCCUGGAGGUUUCAUCAAAUCAACUUCUAGUGACGAGCAACAGUACAUCUGAAAUAGUAUAUCAGAUAUCAGAAAGAAGAUACGCCUCGAUUGCCUUCGUACUAUCCCAGCUAACUUACUUCCUUUGUUACUUCCCUUCCUCCUACGGGUCUCUACGCUUUUACCCUUGUUGGGAACUGCACUCUCUUGCAACAGCCCUGGAGGAAAUUUCUAUGGUCCCGUCCUGGGUCAUUUAUUAGCUGAACAUUUUUAUAUCAAAAUGUGUGAGGUGUUUGAAGGAGGCUUUUGUGUUUCAAUCUAACUACCCUGGCAUACCCGUCCCGCAUCAUUUCCACUUCUGUCACCUGGCUAAGACAAUAAAAUUAAGAGUAUUGAGAAGGCUACACUCCCUUUGGAUUUGGGUACUUUCCCUACCUCCUGUCACUUUAAGAUUGCAUUGCCCUAUAUACUUCACACAAUUAAGUCCAUUUGUUACUUCCUAUGCAUACCUCUAACCUGCCUGAGGAAUUUUUCAGCAGGUCAUCGGAAAUUCUAGCUGUGGUUUCCCAUUCUCUUUCCUUCAUUCUUUCUGGUGAGUUUAAUCUGUCUAUUUCCACCUGGCCUAACGCGCUCGGCUUUCCACCACUCUCCAAUAUAUCCUUACACCCUUCUUUCAUCUACGUUCCUUUAUAAAUCACUGGUAUCAAUUCCCAUAUUAUGCACAAUCUUGCUAAGUUCAACCUGGUGACAAUCAACUAAGAUCUCAUCCUCAUUCGUUUGAUAUACGAUCAAGUACUUGACUGAUUUUUUACCAAUGCUAAUAUAGUUUCUCGUUAUGUCCAUUUAUCCUAAGGUCCCUGCGCUCUUACCUAUUCUGGUUGGCAACUGAGAAAGCUCCGUUUGGCACGCUAAACCCUAAGCAAGGGUAAAAUAUAAGUCUUCAGGAAGCCAUGCUCAUUUCGGUCACUUUAAAGCUUUACGAACUUCAGUAAAGACACUGACAAUGGUGUACAGGAAGAAGCAUAUGGCCAGGGUCGAGACGGCAUUGGCUUACAAAAAUUUCAAGUUCUUCUGGUCCCACAUCCGCAGCACUGGUAAUCCCACCAACCAGUGCCACUGCCAUGGCGUCGCAGUAACCCACCACCAUCAAUUCCUCCGGAACCGAAAGAAAAGUACAUCGUUGUACAUGACUUUCUACAGUAGUGGGUCCAGUACGGGACCCUAUGGGACACCCGUAGGGACAACGUACUCCUGCAGUUCGUCAUCGGUUUCAUACUAGAGCGUCCGUUUUCGUAAAUAGCUAUCGGCAAUACUACGCAAUAUUUGCUGAUACUACCCUUUCGGUGAAUCGCAUGUUCGUCCAAUCCAGUAACCAACUUGAUGGCAUCGAUGGCUUUCUGAUGGCUUUUAAUGAACCCAUACUCCCAAUCUGACGGGCUUCCUUGUCUCUCACCAACCAGGAGCAAUCUAUUGCAGAUUACCCGCUCCAGAAUUUUGCCCACAGUGUCUAGAAGACAUAUGGAUUAACGGUAGAAUGGCUCACUAGGAGGUUUACCAGCCUUAGGUAGCAAUACCAGUUUCUGCGGUUUCCAUGGUACAGGAAAUAUCCCUUCAAAUAUGCUCAUUUCGAACAACUCAGCGAGCAUAUCCGCUCUGGAGUUCACGGCGAGCUCAAGGGCCUUACUCCUUUUCCCCGGAGCUUUGUCGUUUCCUAUUCUAUUGCAUAUCUCCCAUAACUCGUCUGUGGUUAGUUCAGAAAUUGGCGUCAUAUUCAGAAAUCUCUCAAAGGUGUUAGGACCCCUCCCUUACUGGGCAAAAGCCCCUUGUUGAUUUUGAAUUUAAGUAAGAGGGUAGGACAUGUUACCUGCGGGCUCUGAAUCAUCCCAUCACAAUUCUGUUGACGCCCACGACAUACCACGCACCAGUGCAGGACUGACAAGCGUAUACGAUUGAGCCACAUCCUCCUUUUCAAAGGGGGUUUUUACCUUCGUUGACUAAAGUUAUAUUUAACUAGGCAAAAGGUUUCUAAUGGACUUCGUUUUUUUGCAUCAUUCUAUCUACUUUCCCAUUCGCAAUGCAUUAAAAUCACCGGCAAUCACUUGUCACGCGUCGUAAAUAAGGUUGUCUAGCAUGUCUCAGAUAGUGUAAGACGCUCAUUUUUGCCUACACAAGGCUUGGUGACCGCAAGCUUACAUCCCCGCCCCAUCAGUCGAAUCUGUAAGCCAUAAGCCUAUGUGAUGGUUUUAGUCUGGUCCACUUAUGAAGAAUUUCCAUGUGAGAAUCAUUGACAUUCUGCUCAAGUAAAUCCUGAUUUCUCUGCUCCUUUGCAGAAUAGUCAUAGAGGUUCCUAUUCCACUCUUUGGUAAUGGAUUUUCUCCCCGCAUCUUCUGCAUUGACCGGACCGAUUACGGCCGCCUUCGGGCCGUGUCCAAACAUAAGGGACUUGAAGCACCUCUUUAGUGAAAUCUGCUCUCCCAGCCGUCAGACAACCCAUCCGAUCUGAACUUUUCCGGCAAAAGCAGUUUCUGCGCUGCGUAUACUGGUAGUCGCGUUGUGGCCGUCCAAGUACUACCAAAGGCUUUUCUCAGACGCACAAUGUAUUCUUUACCCAGUUCCUCUAGCUUAAAUUGCUCUUCAAUGCAGUACAAAUUUCUCCUCUGGAUGUUACUUCGUCGAGAUCCUUUAAGUGAAUACAGAUCUAAUGUUUUUGGACCUGUCUAAACGAUUUUUCUUCCAAGCUGCAUGAAAGGAAAUUGCUGCGGGUCAGGGCUUCGCUUUCUAUAGGUGUCGUUCGGAUUACUCCUUUUGAACACACCUUCACGCGUAGCUUUUACUACGCUUUUUAUUUUUUGCCAUCUUAGGUAGGGGGCAAAGAAUUGAGGUGAUUUUCUUUGACGGGUCGAUUUCUCGAUUUUUGAGAACCCCCUCUGGCUGGUGUCCUUAGUAAGCUCUUGCUUCGUUUGAACACGUCUGCGUCCAACUGUAAAUCACCAGUAGCAUCAGAUGUCAAGGGGGCUAGGUUAUACACAACAAGACAAUGCGGUCGAGGGAUAUUCGGCCAUCGAUAUUUCCGCUUGGUCACUCCCAGAAGCCGCCCGUUCUGGGGUUCCCAGCUCCUGCGUCGUAAGUUUCCUCUUUCCCUUUUUUUCCAUGUUGGUUUCAUUUUCUGAGUAUCCUUCCCAUAACUAUUUUGGCCUACGCACCAGAGAGGAACAAAUAGAGAUAAUCGUUAAUGCCGUACAAACAAUGCCUGUUGUGGAAGUUUCUCUGGAACUUUGUGUUGCGCAGAAAACACCAGAUGAAUUUUUGAGGCACACGGCCGAUUGCCUUACUUUGAUCCAGAAAUGCAAUGGAAAGAGGACGACGCUUCUCACGGUGUUUCUGUAUGUGUAACCGCGCAGCGCAUAUCACAUUAGUAGUUCCGUAGUUCUUGAGAAACCCAGUUCGAAUCGCUGUUGUUUCAAGGAUGUUGUCAAGAGUUCGUUAAAAUAUCUUCAUGGAAUGGGACAGUAACCGGAUCGUUCUUUUUCUAUAUUGAGAUGAUGUUGCUUUCUAGCUAAUUAGGUGUUCUACACUCCUUAAUAACUUGAUUAAAGAACCCACCGGGUCACACUGAUGGGUGCCAGCUCUUCGCUUUGGAGACCUCAGAUGUGAUGUUGUUAGGUCCUGUUGCUUUCUCCGAUUUCAUUCAUUUGAUUGCUUCCUUCACUUUAUUAGGGCUGACAUAAAGAUCAUGGGGGUUUAACGUGAGUGCCUCGCAAGUGGGCAUAAUGGCACGGUCCUCUUCGGAUGUGGAUCGAUUUGGAGACCAAAAUCAGAGCCCCGCAGUGACUGGCGCAAUGGUACUCACCUAUACUGAGUACAGGAUCAAUGUUCAUACCAGUUGAUGCGAGAAAUAUUUAACAGUUUUGCUGCUAUUAAGGAGAUAAUGGGGACAACCACAACCACAAUGAAACUUCCAUAAGGAUCCAAGCGGCUCCGUGGCAAGGGUCAUUUCAGAUGAGCCACUUGCAGAUUCAAGUCUGAUCGCCCUCCUCGAGUACGUACGACACAGACCCGAAUUUAGUUAAAUGCGUCCUGAACUCGAUAAAGUGCACGUACAAGUGUGCAUAUCCCGCGAUUGCGACUCCUAAGUACGCCACACAGAUCCUGACAGCAAUUUUGACAAUCUGCUGCUCCAGCUCAACUCGGCUGUUCUUCUCAACAAGACUGAAGAGAUUAUUCGCAUGUGUGUUGCACAUUUAACCACUGAAGUAGCUCACGUAACAGUUCGUCCAUCAUUAUGUUCCAUAUAAAUGGAACUGCGAUAAAGUUUUGACAACACAGCCAGUUCGGAAGCCGUACUGCCUUUCCGAUGGUAGGGUGUUUUCAUGUAAUCAUAAUCCUUUCCAGGAUCCUACCAAAGGACGAGUGAAGAGAGAUCAAGGAUUAAUUUUGUCCUUCACUCGUGACUCCAGGAGUACAACAACUUGUCAGGAAAUAAUCCUUCCGUAGUUAACACUUAUACAGACACUGAAAGUAAGAUGCGAUGGCCCACCAGAUGCUUUUGUAUAUCUUGUCAGCCAUCCUAUUCCAAUCAGAUGACUUCCGAGACCUGAACCUCGUUAUGCUCUUCUCGAUCUUACAACACUGUAGAGGAAUGCGAUUGCCUAGAGACACUACAGAGUUGGAUCUUGAAAACAGUUCACCCAGCAAGGCAUAGGCUCUUCACUCACCUUAAUAGCGGCAAUGUUGCCACUUUGUUCUACUUUGUAUAUCUGGCAGACCCUUUCCGAAGGGUCAUCACUGACGAAAGGCCUUGAGACUUUUUCUUUCGCCUGCCUCAACAGCUUCUUAUAAGAUGACAUCACUGACACCCCUGGAGUUCUCAAAUGUACGUGUAAACAUUUGAUGGGACAUUAAAGAGGAAUAAAUCUUGCUUCACUAGCGUUUCAGACAAUACUAUUCCCUUCCGUAUAGCACGGUGGCAAGAUGUGCACUGGUCAAUCUUGCUGUGUCGAUGAAUAGUGUACCACAUUCAGAUACAAGAUAUACUUUUUUAAGUGGUCUGUUGGCGGACAGGACAUUUUUACUUAAAACCUGCGAAUGGCUCUGCGAUUGAGACAUAUACGCCUCGAUUAUAACUGCGACUCGAAACACUGGUGGAAUCUAGGUGUGCAUCCAUCACGCAGUUAUUCAAGCGGAAUUCAACUACCCCAGUCUGAGCGACAUGGCAUUUAGUGGUGGGUAUUAAUCCAUUAACCAUCCUCGGGGCGUAAAUAGGGCACAACAUCGACCAGAACAUAUGACUGACCUGGGGCUAUCGAAAUACAAACGUCCAGCAGUACAUCUCAUUGCUGCAGAAGAACACCAUAUGACCACUCUGCGAGCAACGGGCGCAGACAUUAUCUUUGGCAUCUUAAUCAACCAUCCAAUGGUGAAAACCCAGACAUCUGAAGCAUUGAAAGAGCAGAUCAAGUGAGCUGAUCUUGAAGCUAAACCAUUUCACGUACUCUUUUUCAAUAAACUUCGGCUUAUCAAUUACCGUAGGUAUGCCAAUAUUACAGACUACCUCAGAAAUGAACCGUAUUGGGCGACUGAUGAUCUUUGCCUUCUAUCUGAACAUUCCGAACGAUAUGGCAUCGGCCUAUCGCAGAAGAUCCGCAUAGCCUAACGUGAGUUCCCGCUGUUUAGGCUUAAUUCCGCCGUCUUCUUAAGAUAUGGAUUGAUUUUUGAAACCACCAUCAGAGUGUCGCUGUGUACGGAUGCCAACUUAUCUACGCCCUCUACCGAACUAAGGAGUACGGCAAUUGAAUUGUAAGCGCAACUUCGAAGCUUGAAAACCUCUGCACGCCAUGUGGACGUAACCACAACAGAUGACUAUCCCGGUUCUUAUGGUACCAGAUAACCGCUGGUGAGGCUUCAUGGCCGAAGCCAUUUCAGAUGGGCCCCUGUGCAGAUUCAGGACUGAUCGUCCCAGGCUUUGAAUCAUUCAUUAGGACCAUCAAGUGACCUGCAGGUGUCGAAGAAACCUGGAAUCCGGAAUCACCAGAAAUCUUGAAGGUUCCGUUUGUGAAUUCUAACGAUUCUCUUAUAUUUUUCCAUUAUUAUUGGCAUUGCCUAGAGGAAUAUCGGUAGAAAUACCUCUUACAUUCUCCACUUCCAUUUUGUGUCGAGAGUUUGCUUGAUCGUCCUUUAUCGUUGCAUUACUCGCACCAAACUUGGUUUCCACUUCCAGUCUAAAGUAUGGCCCCCCUGCUUUGAGAAGACCGGAUAGCUUCCGAUUCGGCCUGAAUAUGGCCUUCAGAGCUUCCAAUUUUUACAGCUUCUUGCCCAGGUAUUCCUUAGAUUUCCAAGAGGUUCUUUCCUAUAGCUCCUCUCAAGGACCUCCAGUUGCUUUGAAAUUCCCUUUUUGUCUUCCAGAAGAGCUUUAGGUAUGUUUGGUCAAUCGUGACUUUAAUUAGAGAUCUAUAGACCAGGAGUAGGAUUUUAUGAAAGGAAUUUGAUUUAUAGAUACAGGCUAGUCGGGUCGACGAGCCAAUUGUGGAAAAGAUAAUUUUGUACCGCUAUGGUAUCUAAGUUAAAUUUGGGUAAGACCUCCCGUCUUCUAUGUAAGUUCUUUUGACAUAGAGAGGCUGUUUCGACGCGUAAUUUUUAGGUACCUUAUCGUUCUCUAUGAAAAGCGAAGAUUAUGUUUCAAAAGAAUCCGCUUUCCUUCGCAUUUUCUAGGCUAUUUUUGUUGGUGCAAAUAAUUAGAUUAUCUUGAAUAUUUGAAUUUCUUCAUUUCACUUUAUCCGACCAUCAAACUAAGGGGUAAACAAAUGAUUAAAUUUAUGGUAAAAAAAUUCUAACACAUCACAAUGCUCCAUGAGUCUCAUAUCACGAUAAAAUAUCACCACAUGUGAAAAAAGGUUUGAAAAUUUUAAAGUAAACAUUUUUUUCUAAUAAAAGAACGUUUAUAAAUCAGAAAUUCCUUUUAUAGUGCACAUUUUACUCAAAAUAAACCGAACAAUAAAAUAUAGAUUGGUUAAAAUCUAGAGCGUUAAAACUAAAAUAAUGGAAUCAAUGAUAAAUGAAAAUAAACAGAAUUAAAUCUUAUGAUAUCUAUUAUAAAAAUAACUUAAGAAAAUUUGUAAAAUGCUUCGCAAUUUCCACGCCAAGUAGAGUUUAUUAGAAUUUUAGUAAGCCGACUUUAUAUAGUCAGAAUCUAAAUCGAUUAAAAAAGGCCUUUCCUUUAUGACAAUAAUCGUUUGAUUGAACAAAUUAAAAAAAAAAAAGAUAAAAGAUAGAAAAAUCAAUAUCGAAGAUGAGUAAAUGAUUCUAUUUUUGCAAAAAAAAGGAAAAUCAAACUAAAAUGUAAUUUUAAAUUGAAAAGAGGAAAAACAAAUAGGAAAUUAUAUAUUGUAACGAACAAACAUGCAAAUAACGACAAUAACAGACAAUAAUAUUUGUAAUCAGAUUAUUAUAACUAAUUUUCGAACUAUUCCAUAGUGUUCCUCAUCAAAUAGAAAAUAUAUAUACAUAUGUAUAUGCUUUGACCAUU